AUGCCGGAUAAUUUAACAGCUACGCAUGGUGGUAACACCACCCUUGAACUACUGGCUCAGUACAAUGACCAUAGGUCCAAAAAGGAUAAGACUAUUGAACAUAUAGAAAAACGAACGUCUUCAGAAAAAGACAACAAGCCCUCAUACGAUGAAAUAUUUACAGAAAAUAUUAAAUUAAAAUUACAAGCCCAAGAAUAUGAAACUGAAAUUGAAAGUUUGAAAAAAGUCAUCGACAUUUUGGAAAAAAAUAGAGAAGCUUCCUUAGAAGUGAUACUGGAGCAAGUUCAGAAUGACUCAAGAGAUUCCCAUGUCGCUGAACAAUCGUUUGUGUUGCCUCCCAGAUCUGCCGAAAGGAAAGCACAUAUCAAGAGUCUAAAUUUGCCAAUACCGACACUAUCUCCUCCAUUAAAACAAGAUGAAGAUGCGGCUUUUGAAGCAACUUUAACGCCCACAGUACCUCAAAUAGAUGUUACAUCGAAUACUUCAAUAAGCAGGAAGCAUUUACAAAAUAUGAUAUUAAACGAGGAAAUGGAAGCAAAUAGUGACCACUCCUCACCCAAAAUUGUCAGUAAAUCUGUAUCGAGCCCCACGCAAAUACACUCAGAGCAAUUGGCCAGUCCAGCUGCUUCAGUCACCUACACAACGUCUAGAAUAACCAUAAAAUCGCCCAACAAGGGUCCAAAAUCUCCGUUGCAAGAACGUUUACGCUCACCACAAAACCCUAAUAGAAUGACGGCUGUCAUCAACAACCAUUUGCAUUCUCCUUUGAAGGCUAGUACAUCUAACAACUUAGACGAAUUGACUGAAAGUAAAAAUCAGCAACCACCUAAUAACAUCAUACAGAGGAAUGAUCAUGUCUAUUCUUCUGUAACCUCUUCUGCAUAUACUACUGGAACCCCUUCUUCAAUAUGCAAAAGCCCGUCAUCCUAUUUAGAGAUCUCAGAGGGUGAUAACAACACGCUAAGUUUCUCCCCAGCAUCCAAGGAAAAACUUGAUGACUUCACACAGUUACUCGACUCUUCUUUUGGUGAAGAGGAUCUGGUCAAAUCUGACGUGAAAGAUUCCAUCCCUAUAAAUCUAACGUUGAAUGAAUCCUUACCUCCACCUCCAGCACCUCCUACGUUUUUCACAGCUACCCCCAACAAUGCCAAUGUAAAAAACACUACUCCAUUAUCAAGUCAUUUGGCUUCGCCGGUCAUCUUGAACAGAAAAGAUGACGUUGAUGCUAAUAAUGGAAGCAAUCUGAAAAAGCCCGCCUUAACUUUGUCGUCGCCUUCUAGCUCUUUCAUGAAGUCGCCCACAGCAAGCCAAAAUAUUUCUCUUCCUUCAAACCCUCCCUCAGAAGGUCCUUCAAGACAAAAACAAUCUGCAGAGACGGCCUCCAUUCAUUCAGUCAACACCACGAAUACAUUUAACUCUACCCCUCAAGGCUCUUUGAAGACAUUCAGAAGGCCUCAUGCAAGUAGUGUCAGCACUGUGAGAUCAGUUUCUCAAAAUCUUAAAUCGGACAUUCCAUUGUUUGUGCAACCAGCAGACUUUGGUACCAUUCAGAUUGAAGUCUUGAGCACGUUAUACAAGGAAAAUGAUGACGAUUUAUCAGUUUUAAUUGCUAUAAUAGACAGAAAAUCUGGUAAAGAGAUGUUUAAAUUCUCGAAAUCCAUCCAUAAGAUCCGUGAAUUGGAUGUAUAUAUGAAAUCACAUGUACCUAAUCUGCCAUUGCCCACAUUACCUGAUAGACAAUUGUUUCAGACCUUAUCACCCACGAAGGUGGAUAUGAGGAGAAGUAUUUUGAAUCAAUAUUAUACAAGCAUAUUUAGUGUCCCUGAGUUUCCGCCGAAUGUUGGCCUAAAAAUUGCCCAGUUUAUUAGUACAAAUACGGUAAUGACACCUCCGAUGAUGGAUGAGAAUGUCAAAGAUGGAUCACUCCUACUAAGAAGGCCAAAGACUUUAACGGGUAAUAGUACAUGGAGAGUUCGAUACGGUGUCUUACGUGAUGAUUUCUUACGGCUUUUUGAUAAAAAUCAGGUUAUGGAAACUAUUAGACUGAGACAAUCUUCGAUUGAACUUAUAGCCAAUCUCCCUGAAGACAGAUAUGGUACCAAAAAUGGGUUUUUGAUUACUGAGCAUAAGAAAAGUGGGCUAUCAACUUCAACAAAGUAUUACAUCUGUACCGAAACGUCUAAGGAACGUGAAUUGUGGCUUUCUGCGUUCAGCGAUUACAUAGAUACCUCACAAACUUUGUCAUUAUCCAAUUCAAGGAACGCAAGUGAUAUAGAUUCUGUGUCUCAUUUGAGUGCAGGAUCCAAAUUUGGAAACGCAGCUACCUCGGUUACAGACACUCCAUCGUAUGUCACGGAUUUGUCUCAAGAGUACAAUAGCAACAGCAAUAGCGAUAGUUAUAUGACUAAUAGUGAGAGUAUCAAUACAAAUUCAUCCUCUCAUUCUAAUCCCCUCGUCAAUUCCAGCAUCAAUGUGGAUGAAGAGAAGGACAGCAGAAGAGUCAAAAUGAGAAGUUUAUUUCCGUUCAAGAAAUUAACAGGUCCAGCAAGUGCGAUGAAUCAUAUAGGUAUUACGCUGUCAAAUGACUCUGGUUCUCCGACAUCUCCUGAUCAUAACGUUAAAUCUCCAAGCAAAAAGUUGAUGGAGACGCAUAGUUCGUCAAAUUCCUCUCCGAUGGUGCAUUCGUCCACUGCAGUAUUUGGCUCCUCACUGGAAGCAUGUUUGAGAUUAAGUUCACAUAAAUACCAAAGCACUUACGAUUUACCAAGUGUCGUUUAUCGUUGCUUAGAGUAUCUUUAUAAGAAUCGUGGCAUCCAAGAAGAAGGUAUCUUUAGAUUAAGCGGUUCUAGUACAGUUAUCAAAACCUUGCAAGAAAGAUUCGACAGAGAGUACGACGUAGAUUUAUGUCGCUAUAAUGAAAAUAUUGAAGUUAAGGAAAACGAGAUAUCUCCAAACCUUUUCAUUAGUGUGAACACUGUUAGUGGAUUACUGAAACUGUAUCUGAGGAACUUGCCUCAUUUAUUGUUUGGUGAUGAGCAAUUUUUGUCGCUUAAAAAAGUAGUUGAUGAAAAUCACAAUAAUCCCGUUCAAAUAUCAUUAGGGUUUAAAGAACUAAUCAAGUCGGGUGUCAUUCCUCACGCUAAUGUAUCAUUGAUGUAUGCCCUCUUUGAGUUACUUGUAAGAAUCAAUGAGAACAAUAAGUUCAAUAAGAUGAACCUGAGGAAUCUAUGCAUCGUAUUUUCUCCAACUUUAAAUAUUCCAAUUACGAUGCUUCAACCAUUCAUCACUGAUUUUGCGUGUAUAUUUCAAGGUAGAGAGCCGAUUAAAGAUGAGGAAAGGGAAAAAGUAGAUAUACAUAUUCCUCAGGUUUGA